CUCCAUCCUUCACGGCGCGGAGCUGUCCAGGGCCAGUGGUGCUGAAACCUGGAGACGUUUUCCACCCCGGGUUUGAUCGCGUUCCCGCCGAGAAUCUGAGGGUUUCAUUGACGGAUACUCCAUCAUCCACCAGCUCUACCCGAGAGAUUUUAACCCUCUUUUCCUGAUCGAAUAGAGGACUUUCGCAGCCAUGGCUUUCAUGGUGAAACACGUGGUGGGAGGACAGCUGAAGAACCUGACCGGCGGACUCGGGGAGGAGAAACCCGAAGCGGAGAAAACCGACGCGGCGGCGCAGGGGAUGACUCAAGAGGAGUUUGAACAAUAUCAGCAACAGUUAGAGGAGGAAAAACAAGAACGAGAAGCCGGUUUCGCCCAGAAGAAAGCGGAGCGGGCCACAGUCAGAAGUCAUUUCCGGGAUAAGUACAGACUACCAAAGAACGAGACGGACGAGACCCAGAUCCAGCAGGCGGGGGACGACGUGGUUUUGCCCACCGAACUCGCCAAGAUGAUCGCAGAGGACAACCAGGAGGAGGCGAGCAAGCAGUCUGUGUUUGGCCAGCUGUCCAACAUCCAGAACGUGGACAUGGACCAGCUGAAGGACAAAGCUCAGGCCACGCUGGAAGACCUGAAAAAGCAGACGGAGAACUGCAGCCUCAUGUGAGAUCUGGCCCCGAGGAUUAGAGUUUUACUUGUUCAAAUACUUCUCAGAGGCAGGGCUGCUGUGCAGGGUGGACAUGUUCGUAUUGCUUUAGUGGAGUCGGGCCACAUCAUAACCACACAGUCCCUGCAGAAAAGAUCACAGAACUCGAUGUAAAAAGGAGCUAGUCUUAAAAUGAACAAUGCAAACCAGGGGUGCUAUUUCAGUUAGCUUUCACCCUCUUUUUAUUUAAACCAGCUCUCUGAAAGGUUGUUUUCUAGCUGUGAACAGUUUGUAACAAGCCCUGCGGAGAAGCAGGUAAAACAUGAGGAAAUUUGGGGCUAGUCUGACUGACAGGACUUACCAUAGCAUCAUCGAGCUAGGCUAGUUUAGUUAGCUUUCCUGUCGCAAAUGUUGUCCUUAAUGUAUUACAGUUUAAAAGUUAUUUGAUCUAGAUUUGCAAGGUUAGACUCCUGCAGAUAAAGGAAAGAAAUGAUGAUGACAUAUGGAGCUUGUCCUACUAACUGGAAAUAAAUGAAUGAUUGCUAAGCGUCAUUGAGAUGAGCUACUUUAGCUAGCUUUCCUGUCGACCUUAAGCUAAGUUAGUAAUGUCACCCUCAGUGUUAGCUAAAGCUGCACUCUGAAAGGUGUUUUCCAGCUCUGCAAAGUUAGAAACAAGCCCUGCAGAAAAGCAAGUAAAACAUGUAGACAUUUGGAGCUUGUCUAACUUACAGGUAACAAACGUAUUCUUACCAUAGCGUCAUUGAGCUAGGCUAGUUUAGUUAGCUUUCCUGUUGACCUUCAGAUAUCAUCCUUAUUUUAGUGGCAGUUUAAAGGCUAGUUGUUCUAGCUUUGCAAGGUCAGACACAGGUCCUGCAAAUAAGGAAAGAGAAGAGGAUGAAAUAUGGAGUUUGUCCUACUUACAGGAAAGGAGACUCUUACCAUAGCGUCUUCGAGAUAGGCUAGCUAUGUUAGUUUUAGCCUCAGAUAAGUUAGCAAUGUCAUCCUCAAUUUCAUCCAAACCCCGCACUCUGAAGGCUGGUUUAUCUAACGACCUGCAGAAAAUCAAAACUAGAGAACAUAUUGAAUUCUUACCAUGGCGUCUUUGAGCUAGGCUACUUUAGUUAGCUUUCCUGUUGAGCUUCAGCUAAAUUAGUAUUAAAGAGGGACAUGUAAACUUGCUAUGUCACCGUUAUUUUAAGCUUUGCGAAGUUGAUGAAAUCCGGGACUCGAUUACUAACAGGAAGGAGUCGUGGAGGUAAUCUAGGUUAGCUAGCUUUGAAUGUCAUCCUCUUUUUUGAUUGAAAGACUUAUUAUCCGGCUCUUCAACCAGUGAGAUUAUUUCCACCUUGAGAGCAGCUCCACCUCUGAGAAAUAUCCAUCUACAUAUUAAAUCCUUUACUCCCCCGACUCCCCCAACAUCCCUCACUCCCUGUGCCUCACGUGACCAGUUAUAACAGGAAUCUGCAGCAGAGGUUUCAGGUGUGUGUGUGUGUGUGUGUGUGUGUGUGUGUGUGUGUGUGUGUGUGUGUGUGUGUGUGUGUGUGUGUUAUCAUAGCUCCCAAACACACAGCAGAUGAUUUCACUAAUGACCACAUGGUAUUAAAGCUGAUGAUAGGAGGCCAUAUGUGUGUUUUGGGAAAUAUCCUUAUUUAUUGAAGGUAAAUAACGAGCCAUUAGUGGGGUAGUUUAUAUUCCAUGUGCAGAAGCAAAACAUCGUAGAAAUGUGCAAUAUUCAUUAAAAGCAACAAAUGAGGCUGAUUUUUUUUGCCAUAAGUAGCUUAUUAAUGUUGGCCCCCCGGUGCCCUGAUUAAAGCUCCCAGAGAGCUGCAUUAAUCUGAGUUUAAAGUCUUUUCCUAGAUAUAUCUGACAUAUCAUUUGAAAGGCUUUCUUUUAAAUAGCUUUUAAGUACUUCAGCGUGCCUUGGACGUCCGUACAAGGUUGUCUCCUUUAAAGCUCCAACAUCUGUAAGCUACUUAUUAACGCAGACGGGCCUUCGUGUUUGUUUCUUACUUUCAGUUUCUUCAAGAGCAACACUUGUGUGUGAGAGAUCCCAGUGUUUGAGGUGUAGGAUUUUAGAGUUCAAUAACUGCCAAAUUUAACCUAGCUUCGACUAUAGAGGAAGUUAAUCUGUCUUUGUGCUGCGUCCAGAGGUUGAAAAACAAAGAGCCGCUCAGAUGAGGGAAGUGUAAAUGCUUUAGAAGUCGUACGCCAAAGCUGAAAGGAAAUGGCCGAAAUAUGUCAAACUGUGUUAAUGUGGUGUGAGUAUAAAUCAACAUAUGAAUAUUCAUGUUGUGUAACUGUAUCUGCUGUUUGCCUAUACCGUCAACAGCGGGCCGCUCUGUUUUCAUCAAGUGUCGUCACAUGACCUUUGACCUGUCCUCCAUCUCAUUGACCCCCUGGUGGUGCCGUUUUGUGCCGGUGGAUUCGUGUCGUUUAGCCGAUGUGAAACGUCAAGUGGUGUGUCUGUAAAAAAAACUUAAAAAAAGAAGACCUCGCCCUGCGGCUGAGAGCGAGUCAAACACAGUAUUCUGUCCGUGUGGUUUUAUCGCCAAAUUUGAGCAAAAGGCGCGGAUAAAUUGAGAGGUCUAUGUUGCGUUACAUCCAUUCUGGUGGCCUGACAGGUGCAAACACGUUACAACGACCCAAAACAUUUCCAUUUGGAGAAACACUAAUGAGCAUUUAGAAAACAUUCGCCAGCUGUCUCUGUCUCUGUCUCUGUUGUUGGAACUCCCCUGAAAUGUUUUCUGGUCUUAUUUUAACAGUGUGAUCACAUGACUCCUUCUGACGUCACUGCAGAUAUUUUACCCCCUGGUUUUGGGUCAAGUUGAUGACUGGACCCAAAAAAUAGUUGUAGACAUAAAACUAACAUUUGGCGACAAAAAAAAAAAAAGUUGACAAAAAAAUAGCUUUAUAACC